ACCGUAUCCUAAAAGCGGUUUUCAACUGCGGUUGGCCCAGCAUUCACUUCUUCGCAGCAGACGGUGGCAGCUACUGCGAUGCUGUUUGAUUGAAAGAUCGCCAAACUACUGCGGCUCGCUGCGACUCGCGCUUGGCCGUGCCCAUGCUCCAGAUCUACAAAAAUGCUGCGAUCACCCACGUCUCAAAAGAGUCCCUGGAAAUCCGUCAGAUGGAGCUGGAUUGGUAUACCAGGAACUAUGAUGCUAUGGCCAGGCAAGCCGCGAUGUUUGCAGGUUUUGCCUUCGAACAGAUCACGGAACCAGUACCAGCAUCGACGCCGUUCCUGUUGGAGAUGGCGUACAUCUGCCUGACGGCCUUGGCGCUGGGCUUCAAUCUGUGCGUUUGCAUGUCUUCAACUUUCUGCGUCAUUUUCGGACGUCGGUUGGGCCUUUUUGGGUGCGGCGCGCGCUCAGUCCAUCUCGCAGUUGAGAAUAUGCACAAGGCCCAGCAGUUCACCUUUCUACAGUUUUUGUUGGGGCUGCUGUCGUACUUGAUGGCACACGUCUUUGAAACCUGGAUCUACUUCCGAAGGAAUGUGGCUCUCGUGCUUUGUAUUCCUCUCUCUGUCUUCGUCCUUGCUAUCAUCUACUAUGUUGUGACCAUUGUUGAUCAAUUAGUUCUCCCAGAUGACAAGGCAGUCUUUGGGCAUGUUGUGGCCUGGAGCCGCUAUGAAAAUCUGAAUGACUUGGAUGCCGAAGCCUAUCGGUACGAGAAGUCGCGCCCCUCGAAGUGCUCAAGCGCGGUGAGCGGUGCCAAAGAUGCCCUUGUCGGAGCCGCGAGAGCAACCCACAUUGGAACAAUGGAACAGUCGAAGAGUCGAAGAAUAGUCGAAGAUGUUGAGGGCUCAUCAAAGAGUCAAAGAUUUUGA